GUCACCAAUCUUAGAAGAACAUUUCACUUUACAGAUGGGUUUGCUGCUAAACAUCAUCACGACAUCUGCCCAUAGUUUCCUGUGCUACAAGGAAACGGUGCAAAAACCAUGAAGCCGGAGGAGGAUAGGAAGAGGAGGAAGAGCUUGUCCGUGCAGUCAUCCGUCCAUCGAUGGCAGUGAUGUUUCACACGCAUGUGCGAAUCCCUUUUUCCCAGGCCGCAGAUUUGCAGGCGAUUUCUUGCGCCGUGCACUUCUGCACUUCUGCACUCUGCACUCUGCACUGCACCGCUCUCCCAAAGCCGGAAGGCUCGGCCUACUGCAACACACAACCGCCCGCACCGAGCCACUGCGUGCACGACCGUCGUCGUCAGUCACAUGAGGCUGGCUCUGAGAGGAGAGGCCUCGCACCACCACCACCACCACGGGCCACGGCUCCGUCACUUCUCCCCGACCUCCUCUCUUCGUGCUCUCUUGUCAGCCUCCACACACACACGCAUACACACCAGCCCCCCGUCUCUCCUGUCCCCUCGCCGAGGCGCCAUUGCCUUCUCCAGGUCGCCUUUGAGCAGUUCCCCGGCCGGCCUCUUACAAAGCCAGCCAGACAAUGCCGUGCCAUUAUGCAUGCACGACACAGCACUAGCUGCCUAGGCCCUCCACUCAGGCAGGCUUCUUGCUUCACUCACUCACUCACUCGUCACUCAUUCACCCACUUCCAGUGAGCCUCCCGCUGCGUUCGUUCUCCAUGGGAAGCGGCAUAAAGCAGCUGGUGGCGAGCCUGCUGGGAGCGGUGGGUGGAGGCCAGAGGGGCACCAAGAAGGAGGGCACGCGGCCGCAGACAGUGGAGCUCAGGGUCCGGAUGGACUGCGAGCGCCAGGUCAAGAAGGCACUCGCCGGCAUGCGAGGUGUGGAACGCGUAGAGGUGAACAGGAAGCAGCAGAGGGUGACUGUCACUGGCACCGUGGACCCCCAGGCCCGUUACAGGUGGGCCCCGUCACCUGCCAAAGAGAGACCUGUAGGCCGCCCAGAGCUGAGAAGCAGUGGUCAAGUCAACUUCAGCGCACGACCCUAAACGGACGUCCGUUUUGCCCGGAUUCUGCCCGUUUGUGUAGGGCAAUGAGAUCGUGUCCGGGUCUUUCCUGAGAUGCGGUGGCCGUGCGCCCAACGUGCAGACGCAUCCUUUGACCCCAUCCUGUCCGCCAUGGUCAAAAUGCCCAUAUAUUCAUAUUUCAAUGUUCCAAACUAGUUUGCACGUCCAAAUAUUAUUUGUCUCAAAUAAAAAUAGUUUUACAACCCAGUUGAAAUCGUCUUUAAUAAAAUAGUUUUACAAUCAAAUCGAAAUUAUCUUGAAUGAACAUAAUGAACCAAUACAUCUAUUGGUUGCCAAUAUGAUUCCACAUGUGCUCAACCAAGUCAUUUUAAAGAUUCAAAUGAGUGUGAAUCACACAUUUCACGAUGAAAUUGAGCAAACUGUUCAAACGUGGCCGGUUCUUGGUGCAGGGGCUCAACAUUUUCAUCUUGAAAAUCAAACCCUUGGUCGAAGAUGUUGUUAUCACGCUCGUCCUCGACGAUCAUGUUGUGCAUGAUCACACAAGCAGUCCUCACCUCCCAAAGCUUUGCUUCAUCACAUGUUAGUGCAGGGUUUUGAACGGUAUCCCAUCGGAUUUGAAGCACACCUCAAGCACGUUCCACAUCCUUUCUAGCACUCUCUUGCAUUUGGGCAAAUCUCUGUCUCUUGUAAUCUUGAGGGUUCGAGAUUGUCUUCACAAAAGUUGACCACUGAGGAUAAAUACCAUCAGCUAGGUAGUAUCCCUUGUUGUACUUGUGGCUAUUGAUCUCAAAGUUAACAGGUGGGGAGUGGCCUUCUGCAAGCCUUGCGAAGACUGGAGAACACUGCAGCACGUUGAUAUCAUUGUGAGAACCUGCCAUGCCGA